AUGGGGUGGAGGUACAAGGCUGGUUUGUGCUUAAUUGCAGCUGUUGUCAUCAUUUGGGUUACGUCGGCGGAGGUUACGCAGGGUAUUUUCACAGACUACAAGCAGCCAUUCGCAGUGACGUAUCUGGGAGCUUCUCUAAUGGUGAUUUACCUCCCAAUUGCAUUUAUUAAGGAUUGCAUAUACAAUAUCCUGAAGAGACGGUCCAGAAGAAAUGAUCAAGGUGAGGGCUUGUGUCCUGGACUGGGAUCUUCUUUAAAUUACUUAGGGGGACAGAAAAUCUUCGAAAUUGAGAUUCAGGGAUCCUUGAAAAGCAAGGACAGCGAUUUGGACCUCUCAAAACAUGAAGAGGGGAAGCCUUUGGUUUCACCACAAGGUGAUGCUAAAAAUAUCGGACCAGAAAAAGAAGUCACAACUAAAGAAAUUGCUACUUAUGGAUUUUGUCUUGCUCCACUUUGGUUCAUCACUGAGUACUUAUCAAAUGCUGCUCUUGCACGCACAAGUGUUGCAAGUACCACAGUUUUGUCCUCAACCUCAGGGUUGUUCACUCUCUUCAUUGGUGCAUUUUUGGGGCAAGAUUCAUUAAAUGUCUCAAAGAUAGUUGCCGUAUUCGUCAGCAUCACUGGUGUAGUCAUGACAACUCUCGGGAAAACUUGGGCUGCCGAUGAGUCACAACUCAACAAUUCUUCUGAUCAACGCUCUCUUGUUGGGGAUUUUUUUGGGCUUCUGUCUGCUGUGGCGUAUGGCUUAUUUACAGUACUACUUAAAAAGUUCUCUGGCGAGGAAGGAGAGAGGGUUGAUGUGCAAAAAUUGUUUGGGUAUAUUGGACUGGGUACACUUGUCGCACUUUGGUGGCUCGUAUGGCCAUUGACGGCUUUGGGUAUAGAACCGAAAUUCACAAUUCCUCAUUCGGCCAAGAUGGAUGAAGUUGUUAUUGCCAACGGGCUUGUUGGAAGUGUUCUCUCCGACUAUUUUUGGGCAUUAUGUGUGGUCUGGACAACACCACUGGUGGCCACCUUGGGCAUGUCCCUAACCAUUCCACUUGCCAUGGUGGCCGAUAUGUUGAUCCAUGGUCGACAAUACUCGGCCAUUUAUAUUCUUGGCUCCGUUCAGGUAUUCGUAGGGUUCGUAAUAGCAAAUCUUUCGGAUAGGUUCUCGAAAUCUCUUGGCUUAUAG